AUGCAUCGAGCUCCGCAUGCGAUGGUGACCCACCCACCUCCGCAAGAUAUCACCAUCAACGUACCUCGAGAUCCCAAUACCUUGAGUAACUACAACAACUUCGUGACGAAGCAUACCAUCGCCAACUUCGAGAUCAACUUUGAGAAACGAGUGCUUGAGGGUAACGUUGAGCUGAGCCUCGAAUCCAUUACGGAAGGAGAGAUUGACCGGAUUGUACUUGAUACAAGCCAUCUGGACAUCAAAGAGGUCAAGAUCGGAGGAAAGACAGCAAAAUGGGGCCUCGCAUCUCGUUUCGAGCCUUACGGCAGUCCUCUGACUGUCACACUUGAUGGCGGCGUUGCAAAGGGCAAAUGCGUGCAGCUAGAUAUAACUCUGAGCACGACGGAGAAGUGCACAGCGCUGCAAUGGCUGACCCCGGCGCAAACAUCCAACAAAAAGCAUCCGUACAUGUUCUCGCAAUGUCAAGCUAUCCACGCCAGAUCAAUAUUUCCAUGCCAGGACACGCCAGACGUAAAGUCCACGUUCGCCUUCAACCUCCGCUCACCUUUGCCCGUCCUAGCCAGUGGCUUGCCGACCGGCGCCAACAACUGGAAGCCUGGCAAGGAUGGGAAGAGUGGCACACUGCUCUAUACUUUUAAGCAGGAUGUGCCCAUUCCAAGCUACCUGUUCGCCAUAGCUAGUGGCGAUCUAGCCAGUGCCUCGAUCGGUCCCAGGAGCACCGUUUGGACCGGGCCCGAGGAAAUCCAGAGCUGCAAGUGGGAGCUUGAGAAUGACAUGGAGAAGUUCCUCGAAGCGGCGGAGAAGAUAGUGUAUGACUAUGCCUGGACGACGUACAAUGUGUUGGUUCUGCCGGCUUCCUUCCCUUACGGCGGCAUGGAGAAUCCCGUCUAUACCUUCGCGACGCCGACGAUCAUCAGCGGUGACAGGCAGAAUGUGGAUGUCAUCGCGCACGAGCUGUCUCACAGCUGGAGCGGUAAUCUCAUCAGCAAUGCGUCCUGGGAGCACUUCUGGCUCAACGAAGGCUGGACAACAUAUCUCGAGAGGCGUAUCCAAGCCGCCAUCCACGGAGAGCCGCACCGAGACUUCUCCGCCAUCAUCGGCUGGAAAGCGCUGCAAGACUCCGUCGAAAGGUUCGGUGAAGAUCAUGAGUUCACUAAGCUGAUCGUGGACCUGAAGGGCAAGGAUCCCGAUGAUGCUUUCUCCUCCGUGCCGUACGAGAAGGGCUUUAUCUUCCUCUACUAUCUCGAGAAGCUGAUCGGCAAGGAGAAAUGGGACAAGUUCAUUCCUCACUACUUCACGAGCUACAAAUUCAAAUCCCUUGACUCAUACGACUUCAAAGCCACCCUUCUAGACUUCUUCUCUUCGGACUCCGAGGCCUCCAAGAAGCUCGAAGACCUCGACUGGGACACCUGGUUCUACAAAGCAGGCUACCCACCAAAGCCAGACUUCGACACCUCAAUGGUAGACGUAUGCUACAAGCUCGCCGACAACUGGGAAGCGUUCUCCAAAGGCUCGGACAGCGCCUUCAACCCCAACGCUAGCGACAUCGAGGGCUGGUCCGCGAACCAAUGCGUCGUCUUCCUCGAGCGCGUGCAGAGUUUUUCGCAGGCGCUCAAGCCGGGGCGGGUGGACUUGAUGGGGGAGAAGUAUGGUUUCGCGAAGAGCAAGAAUGUGGAGCUGGUCAGUCGGUACUUUGUUAUCGGACUGAAGGCGAGGGCGCAGUCGGUGUAUCAGCCCACUGCCGAGCUGCUGGGCAAGGUGGGCAGGAUGAAGUUCGUGAGGCCGCUCUUCAAGGGGCUGGAUGAGGCGGAUAGGACGUUGGCGGUAGAUACGUUUGAGAAGAACAAGGACUUUUACCACCCGAUCUGCCGGGCGAUGGUUGAGAAGGACUUGUUUGGAGAUAGAUAA